CAGAAACCACUGCAAUGCAGCAACAAAGGCCGAAAGAAAAGAAAAUCGUAUCUUCGUAAUAUCCGACGACUUUGAGGUGAUCGGAUGUGGCUUGUCCUCCAGUAGAUGGUUUGUGCCAUGUAAUUGAAGCCUUAGUGAUUAAUUCGUCGGUGAAACCGCAUUUGAGCGAUGUUUUCGUGUGCUUUAGUCAAACGUAAUCAAGGGUGUCUUACCAAAUGCUGCCAGAUUGAAGUUUAAAAAGAGUGGCUUAGUUCUCUGACAUUCCGACGCAGAAUGGUCGCGGCCAAAGUUGACGUUUUAGUUUCUUGGCUCUUCGCCCUUUCAUCAAUGGCUCUGGUUACUUCAACUUAUGGCAAAUAUUACCCCUACAAAAAAUGUGUCCCAAAGCUUCAUCAGCAUCAUUUAUGGCUUUUGAAAGACAAAUGUGCGCAGAACAGUAACUGUGAACAUCUUGAGAGAUGUACAACAUUUCAUGGUAGUAUUGUAGUUCGGUCCUUAUUUGGUGAAACUCGUAAAGUGCUCUACGAUGCCUCUUUCCCCGCUCUUAGGGAGAUAACUGGAUAUUUGAUUGUCAUUUAUCUUAAAGAUCUCCCUAGUCUUAGUAAUCUGUUUCCAAACUUAGCAGUUAUCAGAGGCCAGGAGCAAAUUGUUCAUUAUUCUCUGGUAAUUUACAAUACUUUGCUAGAAAGAGUCAUUUUGCCAUCAUUAACAGUCAUCAAAUCUGGAGGUGUUAGAAUUGAUCACAAUGACAGAAUGUGUUACAUCAAGACCAUUAAUUGGAGGUCAAUAGUUCUAGACAAAGCACACACAGAGGAAAAUUUUGGGAUUUCAUUUUAUAAAAACAAUGAAAAUUGCUAUAACAAAUGCCUUGUUGGACAAUGCUAUGCUCCAUCUGGCCAUGAUAGUCCAAGACAACAGCAUUGCUUUGGACCAGGAAGUAGAAGUAACCCAGAAUGCCAAAAAUUGUGCAAGUCAUUUUGUGGUGCGCAUGGAUGUGUUGAUGGCACAGUAGACCAAUGUUGUCAUUCCGAAUGUCUUGGUGGCUGCACGGUGAAGGAAUCUAAUCGCCAUUGUCACGCUUGCAUGAACUACAGAACUGGGAAAUACGGCUUCUGCGUAUCACAGUGUCCAGAUGGAAUGCAUGUUGUGAAAAACUUCGAAUGUGGCAAACAAUGUCCGUUUUGGCAGUACUGGAUGAUCCCUGCUUUGAGAUACUACAAGCAUAACGGACACUGCGUAAAAGAAUGUCCAGCUGGUUAUACUGGAAACAACGUAACAAGAUAUUGUGACAAAUGCGAGAAAUCUCUAUGUCCAAGAGAAUGCGAAUUUAGAGUCGGUGUAAAUAUUGAUGUAUUGUCAAGUGCCAAAGUAUUGUCAGGGUGUACAGUUGUGAAAGGGAAUAUCAAUAUUGAGCUUCGCGGAGGACCGAGCAAUGUCAUUGAGAAACUGGAGGAGCAUCUUGGGUCAAUACAAACUGUUAAAGGGUUCAUUGAAAUACGAGAAUCAGAAGCUCUGACGUCACUAAGUUUCUUCAGAAGUCUACAGUCGAUUGAGCCAAGUUAUUUGUUGCAGAAAGACUUCGCGCUUCUGGUGUUCCGCAAUUCCAAUCUGAAGUCACUGUGGACACCUAAGAAGCUGUUUGUUAGCAAAGGCCGACUGCUGUUUCAUAGCAACCCAUAUUUGUGUCCAGGUGAAAUUAAAGCGCUUGAAAAGAAGCUGGUUGGCAAUAAGUUAACGACAGUAACAGAGUCAAAGAAUGGCUAUCUUGGUGCUUGUAACUUCGAGAAAUUCAACAUAACUGUUUCAGAAAUGAAAGGAUCGAUACUUUGUGGUUUUGGAGAGACCAAAUGCGUCAAUGUCUCUUGGUACCAUGACAAGAAGAAGAUUGAUCAGCGUGAUAUCUUCUACAUUGUUAAAUAUCGUAUGAUCUCUGGCGAUACGAGAGGGAAGCCGAAGAGGAAAUCAGACGACACCUGUGGUGCUGCGAAAUGGUCUCAAGAAGACGUUGAUUUUCCAACAUUUAUACCAGAUCCCAAAUCAAACUCCACGAAGUUCCCGAUGCACAAAAUUAUCUCAAAGCUUAAGCCAUUUGGAGUUUAUGCGUUUUUCGUGGAAACCUACGUUCUUGAAGGCGAGGGAAGAAAGAGUGAUAUUGUUCAAAUUCGGCUUUCAGAGUCAGGUCCAGGAAGACCUCUAGGCCUAAAAGCCUCGUAUCUUUCAACAUCUGACAUAGAGAUCACAUGGAAAGCCCCCGAUAAUCCCAAUGGAGUGAUUACAGAAUACAGGAUAUACUAUGAAGUAAAACAGUAUUCUUUCUGGAGGUCAAAGCUAAAUUGGUGCUCACGGGAUGUGACGUCAGUGUCCUCAAGCACAGUGGAGGAGACACAAGGGAACACAGACCCUUCAAAAUCUCUACCUGUUAACAAUGGCUACUGCCCGAGAAACAUAACAUGUGACUGCGAAACAAGUGUCGAAGAAUCGCGUCGAAUUGUAGAAGACAGAAAUUUCGCGUUGUUUAACAGGGAUUUUGAGGGUGCUAUUAUCAUGAAGAUUUUCACCAAGCCUUCAAAAGAUGACGACGAUGAUAAGAAAAAGAAAACGUUUUCGAAGAAGAAAAAGAGGAUGAAUUUUCCGUCAAUCGGCAAAAUAUCAAAGCUACCUGACUGUAAUGGUGAUUCAAAGUCGGGCAACUGCACACCGAAACCAUCACCAACAGCAAAGACAACCAAAGGUCUCGCUCCAACCAGUUCACGGUCAAUGGGUGCCAAAAGACCCUCCACUGACCCUUUUCUGAACAAAACAAAUACAAUUAUUACGCCUAUUAAGAAAUUUGACAGCGUCGAUGGCAAAACAUUAAAAUAUGUAAUCAAAGAUUUGCCGUACUUCCAAGAGUAUAAAAUCAAGGUCUGCCCUUGUAAUAAAGCUGGUUGUCGGAAAUCGACAGUUGGAUGUGCCAGCGUUUUCGGUCAAACGGAUGCAAAUUCUACUGCUGACAUCAUCCCCGGGUCUGUGAAAGUCAAUGUCAUAGGCGACUCGUAUAAUGUCAGCUGGAUGGCUCCAAUCGCUCCGAACGGAAUCGUUCUCCGAUACGACAUUCGUACAAAGCACAGUGUGAAUCAAGAGCGCCUUCGUUGCCGUCUUGGCCACCUGCCAACUACACUCAUUGAAAGAGGAUUCGUAUCUGGAAACUAUUCCAUACGAAUCCGAGCCGUGACACCGGCCGGUGAUGGUCCUUGGACCGACCUUACGUUCUUUACAAUUGAAGACCAAGUUGCACUGGAAACCAAGGGAUCAAAUACGAUCAUUAUUGGUGUUGGCAGUGCGGCUGCGUUUCUGAUCAUUCUGCUUGCUCUGGCGAUUGUAUACUACACUUAUGUUAGAAAGACAGCACAGAUGGGUGUUCCUGGCGUGCUGUAUGCAUCUGUGAACCCUGAGUAUCUAAAUUCAAACGAAGUUUACAUACCCGACGAAUGGGAGGUGCCUCGUGAAAAGAUUGAGUUAAUCAAAGAACUUGGUAAAGGUUCUUUUGGCAUGGUCUACGAGGGCAUUGGGUACGACAUAGUUGAGGAAGAGCCGAGACUACGGGUAGCCGUUAAGACCGUGAAUGAGAAUGCAUCAAUACGCGAUCGCAUCGAGUUCCUGCAAGAGGCAUCCAUAAUGAAAGCGUUCAACUGCCAUCAUAUAGUACGACUACUUGGUGUUGUGUCGCAAGGACAGCCAACAUUAGUUGUCAUGGAGCUCAUGGAGCGGGGCGACUUGAAAACGUUCUUAAGAAAUCGAAGACCGGAGGAACGAGGUGGCAAUCUGCCACCAACCCUCGCAGAGGUGUUGCAAAUGGCAGCUGAAAUCGCUGAUGGCAUGUCAUACCUUGCGACGCGAAAAUUCGUCCAUCGAGAUUUGGCAGCGCGAAACUGCAUGGUUUCGGCAGAUUUUACGGUGAAAAUUGGCGAUUUUGGAAUGACUCGAGAUGUAUACGAAACCGAUUAUUAUCGCAAAGGUGGAAAGGGACUCCUGCCAGUAAGAUGGAUGGCUCCAGAAAGUCUUCGAGACGGUAUAUUUACAACGGCUUCAGACGUGUGGUCAUACGGUGUAGUCUUAUGGGAAAUGGCUACACUGGCAGCACAGCCUUAUCCUGGGAAAUCUAAUGAAGAUGUUCUUAGAUUCGUUGUCGACGGGGGAGUGCUCGAACAACCUGAUGAUUGUUCCGAUCGCUUGUAUAAUAUGAUGUGCAACUGCUGGAAAAACGACCCCCGGGCACGACCUUCUUUCUUGGAAGUGGUACAGUUUUUAGAAAACGAUAUAUCUGAGACUUUCGAGCAAGUGUCUUUCUACCACGAAAUGAAAAGAAAACUGUUCGAGGCAACGGAAACUAACCUACUGAAAGGUCCAGACCAAAUGAAUGCUGUGCAAGUGAGACGAGGCAGUCUAAAGAUGGGGGCGCCCCUUGCCGAUCGCAAAGGUCGGGAAUCCGUCACAUCUGAUUCGGGUGCUGAAGAAAACUGGAAAACAGAGGCAGACCGUUGCUUAGAAUGUUCUAAAAAAUCUUGUGACGAGCGAAGCAAAAGUAUGUAUGAUAAUGAUGGGGAAGAAUUAAAUGUGCGAUACGUAGAAAUGCCUGGAAACGCGGGAGGAAAAUCGAGCAAAGAAGAUGGAAAACCUGUCCCUGUAUAAAAAUUCAUCACUGGUGUUAUCGUCAUAUCUAAUAAACUAAGUGGCAGAAAUUGUUUUUGUGUCAAACAAUGUUUUUAUUAAAGUAUAUUUAUUUCUUGUGGAUGCUCUGCCUGCCACUCAUUUUUUUCUCACUCAUGUUGUUAUGUUCCUUCACAUUUAGCAAACUGUUGUAUAUUUUUCGAUAAAUUGUAAAUUCUAUCAAAUUUUUGGAGAUCGUACUUUGUUCUAAGUGCACAGAUAGUUCGCACGGCAUUUUUGUGGAUUUUUGUAGCCAAAGGGGCUUUUCCAUUAACUACAAGAUACCAAAGGGUCUCAAUGGUACAUAUUUUGAUCGCAUAGCUUUAAUCGAUGAAUUCAAACGAUUGUACCAACAAUUGUAUAUUUAAUGACAUGGCGUUGAGCUUCUUAAUAUUGUGGCAAAAAGGCUGAAUUUCUCGAAGAAAAAAACUGCAGGAGCAAUAAACAGGAAUUGAACGACGUAAGUAGGUAAUUGUUACAAGAUUUCAGCCCAAAUAAGGUCGUUGGUUAUCAAAGCCUUCGCCACCAAUCUAGGGGAGCAAUGUCAAUGCCUCUAGCCCCCAAACAAUGAUUGUUUAAUAAAUUUGCCUUACGAUGUUUUACUUCUGGAUUCUGGUUUCAUGUCUUUGUUAUAGCCUAUAACUUUGUUUAAAUAGAAAUUUGAGCUAAUUCAAAUCUUAGAUUUGGAGAAAAAUUUCGGGCCAUGCCCCCUGCUCCCUGUGGUGAAGUCCCUGCUUAUUAUCAACAUUUUUGUUGUGCAAAUAUUUUGUGGCAGGAACAAAGCCUUUGGCCCCUAAAAAAGUUCACUUUAAUCCCCAUGAACUUUGUUAAAGAUUUAGUUAUAAUAAUAAACAUUUUUAAACAGUAUUAUUUUACCGAGUUUUAUUCAUUCAAAUAUCCUUGAAGAAACAAUAUUUAAGAUUUUUUUGUUCGAAUUUUGAAUAACUUUGCUUCGUUUUGAAAACGUAUUUUAGAGAUGUUGCUGUAAAUAGUCUUGCUCUAGCUAGAUAUUGGCUUUUUGUAUCGAAGUUUUUUAUCUAGUUCAGGUUUUUUAUUAGUCUGUAGUAUAGAAUUUUAAAGUAAGCUAGCAAAUUUCGUUGUUAGUCUAGGCUAAAUCUUGUAUCAUGCAUUAAAAUUCACAAAUAUU